AUGACCCGUCAUUUUGAGACAGCCGACCCGGGGUCACUACCCACCUAUGAAGCUGCGACAUCUCACAACCCAAUCGUCAUUAUCGCACCGUACAUCAGACGAGAAGAUUUGUUUAACUGCGCUCUUGUUUCUUGGACUUGGAAUCAUGCAAUUAACUCUGAACUCUGGGGAGAACCUGCAGAGUGUUUUGGAUUUGGAGAAAAGAGCCAUCUCGCAAGCUUUCUACUAUUUCUAAAGGCCCUUCCACAUACCUCUCCGGCUGCCCUUUCCCAAACACAUACUCUGAACCUUGAAAAAUGCAUUGCUAGCAUCUACACUAGUCUCCCAGAUACAUGGUUCCCAAAUCUUUUGGUUCUUCUUCCAGACCUCCGAAGGCUUCUUCUGCCGGGAAUCACAUUCGUUGACCAUGCCUCUUUGCUGCGAAAACCAUCCAUCAAGGGAUACCUUCCCCAUCACAACCUCUAUCACCUAAACGUCUCAAACCUCACAAAUACCACGCCAACGUCGUUGAUAAAGUUAUUUACAAAUCUCACACCGGGUCUUGGGGUCCUCGAUCUAUCGCGAACCACCAGUGCUGGUCAUCCGGAUGUUCUUUCGGCUGUUGGUUCGUUAAGGAAUCUUAAGUCUUUAAAACUGAGAUGGUUGAAGCUAUCCGACCGGUCCAUGGAGCUCCUUGCCCGUAGACUUCAAGUCAAAAUCGAGCGCUUGGAUGUUACUGGAAAUUUGCUUACAGACGGUCUAGCCCGGUAUUUACUAGAUUGGUGUUUUAUGCCACCAGAAUUCGAAGUCGCGAUGGACAAUACGGGUUCCGAUAUCCGGGUGCCCGUUGCUCAUGAGUCCGAUGAUGAAUCUGAUACUGAGUUUGGGGAUGAGGAAGAGUGGAUGACUGCGAGGAAACUACAACGUCGGGAGUCUAGGACUCUGGAAACUUCGCUACCUGAUGCAGAAGGUAACCUACCUCCAGUUAGAGACAAAGGCCUUACGCACCUCCAUAUAUCGAAUAACAAGAUGAGCUCUCAUGGUGUCAGUCAAGUUUUAAAUUCGACGAGAUUAAGGACAUUAGAUUGUAGCACCAUCACACAACGACCGAAUAUACCAAGAAGAAAGGAAAUUAAGGAUAUUACAACUGCCAUAACAUAUUAUGGGUUUCGAAAGCUACGAAGCCUUCGAAUCCAUCGAGAUGCCAUUUUAUUAACAAGAUCUUCUGGGUGCAAGGAUACAGAUCUUUUGGAUAUUUCUAGGGUACCCCAUUUGAAGACCUUAGCUCUGACGGAGGUUCCUGCCAUAGCUAAUGCAACAACAUUGGGUUCGCUGAUAAACUUCCUGACAAAACUCUUGGAGACGAAUCUCAAAAUGUUGGUUUUGGAGAUGGAGGAACCGAAAUCUGAGGAGAUGGGGUUCUAUGAUAUCACUGCCCCAGUGGCGGAGAUGGAUACUCAGAUUUUUUUCGAGAUGUCAAAAGACGACUUUUCGUUUUUUGAGGAUGAGCGGAGUAUUCCCGGUGGAAUGGCGAACGAAAACGAAAAGUUGUCUUCGGCACGGAAAGAAGUGCAACGGGAAGUGGAAGUUGGCACACUGGACAUCAUCAAAGAGUGGCGUGAUAAAUCUAGGCAGGGAGAGAGAAGAUGGCAGGGAAACAUUCGAGUCUUGAGGGAUAUUGGCGGAGUUGAAGCUCUAGAGCGUGGAGCCGAGGGCAAUCGGUGGGGUAUUAUGGUAUCCGACUUUGGUCGAUGA